AUGGCGGCGGCCAGUGCUCGCCGCGGCCUGGGCCUGGGCCUCAGGCUGUGCCUGGCCCUGGGGCUCCGGCUCCCCCACUGCGGGCACCACAACCCCCGGGGGAUAGCCCCGCAGCGGGCCCUGCACACAGGCCCCAGUGAAGUCUGCAAAAGGUGGAGAAGAUUAGCUUAUGACAAAGGCCUCUGGAAAGAUGUUAAUUUAACCCCAUAUAAGGUGAACUCACGGAUACUCUGGCACCUGGUCAGGCAUUACCUCGGUGGCACCCUGAGGACGCUGAGGGUUAAAGGUGUCCUUCAUUCAGUUAAGAAGCACGAGUCCCUGACUGAAGCCUUACUGUUGGAGAUUGGUAAACGCUGUCCUAACCUGAGUGAACUCCGGCUGAUUGAGAUGAACCUGCGAGGUAUCAGUUAUGAGUGUCUUCCUCCAUCGCUGCUGAGUCUGGAGCUGACCCACUGUGAGAUUCCCUUGCAUUGGUUCCGAGUGGCUGCAGUGUCUCACGGGAGUCGCGCUGCUCCGUGUAUCAGGAACCUGGAGGUGGACAAUGUGCCAAACUUCUCAGACCAGCACCUGCAGAACCUAGCGUCCCGCACAGCCCUGAAGGUGCUGAUCCUGUCCGGCACGUACAGGGUGACCGACUCCGGCAUCGAGAAAGCAGCUGAAUCGCUCACGGAGCUCGUCCACCUCAAGCUGCACGGAUGCAACAUCUCGGACACCUCACUGCGGCACAUUGCCCAGCACCUGACACAACUCCGCAGCUUGGACCUGACCAACCUGUGCUCCAUGACUGAUGCUGGCCUGAGCUGCCUUGGGGGCCUGAGGUCCCUGCAGUCCCUGUGCUUUGAGUAUUGUGACCAGAUUACGGUGGAGAAGCUUCUGUCUGUCUGCACUGGCCUGCCGUCCCUCACCAAGCUCAACCUGAGCGGUAACCCGUACGCUGAGGGAGAGCUGCAGAGAAUCCGUCAGAGUUUACCCAACUGCACCGUCACCAACCAUUUCCCCGACAACGGUGCAGUGCCGAAAUUUUAACGGGACUGCUCGCACGCCUUCUGGUGGUACUGGUUAUUUAGGCUUUGUGGUGGGGGGGUGAGGGGUGAGGGGUGCUUUCUGACAGUACAGAUUGGGCCAUUCUGUUUGUGCCUUUAGUCUGCACUGAUUCAUCUGUUCGUCUGCACCACGGAGCCUUGUCACUCAAUCAGCUGGAGGUUUCCUUCUGUCUGUGGGACCCAUCCCCCUCGUCCACCCCUCCACAUUACUCACCCCUCACUCCCCCAC